GUUAUUGUUUAUGAAAACUUGUUCUCACUUUUGCGACGUUGGCUGCAAAUUUGUCUUGUUUAAAAGAUCGUUUAUUUAAGAGAGACGUUUAUUUAAGCGUCGUUCAAUGCGUUGAGCAAACGUUCAUAACUAAAGAGUCCAUAGAAAGGCGUUCGAUUAUGAAAGAUCGAACGAGAUCUGAAACGAGAGAUCGAAGAUGUCCGCCUGCUCCCCCCCCCCCCCUCCCAGAAGUCAAUGCAAGUCAAUGGUUGAUCGUUAGUCGUGCUGUGUCGCUUUGUUGUUGGUUACAGAAUUCUUGUGACGAUGUUGAACCAGUUUUGGAUCGUCUUUUGGACAGUUUGUGCCUCUUCGACCGGUCUCUGACGUCGUCCUGGAACGAUGAUCGCCGAACGACAGGGACUACAUUGGGUUCGCGACGCUGCCGGAGCAGGUGCACAGGAAGUCCGUGAAGAGAGGAUUCGAGUUCACGCUGAUGGUGCUGGGCGAGAGCGGCCUCGGCAAGUCCACGCUGAUAAACAGCCUGUUCCUGGGGGAUUUGUACAAGGACAGGCGUAUUCCCGAUGCCGGAGAACGCAUCGAGAAGACCACCACGAUCGAGAAGAAGACGAUGGACAUCGAGGAGAGAGGUGUCAGACUGCGUCUGACCAUUGUUGACACUCCAGGGUUCGGCGACGCGGUGAACUGCGAGGACACGUGGAAAGCGUGCUCGACGUACAUCGACGAGCAGUUCUGUCAGUACUUCACCGACGAGAGCGGCCUGAACCGGAAGAACAUCCAGGACAACAGGGUGCACUGCUGCUUGUACUUCAUUCCCCCUUAUGGUCACGGACUGAGGCAACUGGAUCUGGAGGUGUUGAGGAGGCUACACCGCAAGGUGAACGUGGUCCCGGUGAUCGCCAAAGCUGACACGUUGACCACGUACGAGGUGAAGAAGCUGAAGGAACGGAUCCUGGCUGACAUCGAGGAGAACGAGAUUCAGAUAUAUCAGUUUCCGGACUGUGAUAGCGACGAGGACGAGGAGUUCAAGCAACAGGAUAAGGAGCUGAAGGCGUGCAUACCUUUCGCCGUUGUCGGAAGCUCCACGGUGCUGGAGGUUGCCGGGAAGAAAGUCAGGGGCCGGCAAUAUCCAUGGGGAGUAGUCGAAGUGGAGAACCCGAAGCACAGCGAUUUCGUGAAACUGCGAACAAUGCUGAUAUCCACGCACAUGCAAGACCUGAAAGACGUAACACAGGACGUGCAUUACGAGAACUUCCGGGCGCAAUGCAUUUCCCAAAUUUCGCAGCAAGCGACACGGGAACGGAGGUAUCUACGCAUCAAAUUGAAGAGAGACUCGGGCCCUCAUUUCGAAAACACUAUAUCCGACACGGACUGGUUGCUGUUGCAAAAGGACCAAGAGAUACGAAGAAUGCAGGACAUCCUCGCGCAAAUGCAAGAGAAGCUGAAGGCGAACGGUCAAGUCGGACCCGGCAUCGGUCUCAGAGGACGAGUGGGCAGCCUGGGUAACGACCUGGACGCCACCGAAGUCGAGAAGAAACGCAACAGUAUUAUAGACGUUUGAACUCGUCCGAGCGCUAUAAAUGUUCUAGAUCGUGUCUCGGGACCGUGGAGUCCGCGUGGAACGUUCGCACAAACGGCCCGAGUGUUGCGUCGGGCCCUCGCCGGACGAAUACGCACAAGAUCGGUGGGCCGCGCGUUGUUCCGUAAAGAGGAUCCGAGAGGUUUGCGCGCGCCUCGCGACGACGCGUGGGGCCGCACGGUAAUGCUUCGAAAAUUGUCCGGUCACCGAAGACCACCUGGACGACCUCACUGUUCUAUCUCUUUCUCUCUAUCUAUCUCUCGUCGGCGUACAAAUCAUUGUAUAUUUUAUUGCUGGACGAUUUUAGAAUUCGUUAGAGUACGGUCAUUUCUUCCGGGAAUGCUCGAAGUCGGAAUUGAAAUCGGCAGAUCCGAGAAGGCAGUCGACGAAGAAAGGCAGCGGUCAGCAUCGCUGGUGUACAUUAGUACGAACACAUAGUAAUGCUAGAAUAAAUUAAUGAUUUUUAA